AUAUACCUGCUUUAAAUGAUACUUGGAACAAGUGUGAAAAAUGAACUUUGGAUGAAACAUUCAUGUGCUAUAGAAAUAGUCGAGCUCAGAGUUGGGUUGGGUUGCACCUUACAGUAUAUUUUAUUUAUUAUUGGAUACAUUUCUUAUAUAACUUAAUAUCAUGGAUAUAGUAAAGCAUUCCUUGAAUUCCAUCAGAUUUGGAAUAAAUAGUGUUUUCAAUGGGAAGGAACCAUGGCAAAUUGUAACAAUUACAAGUUCAACAGUUAUUCUUACAUUAUGGAUUUAUGAUUUCAUAUUUCAAGAUGAGAGCUUGAUAGAUAGAGGGAAAAAAACAGUGUUCAAUAUUAUUAAGCAAAUUCCUACAGUGAGAAAAAAAAUUGAAAGUGAACUGGAAACUGUUUCCAAAACUUUUGAAGAAGAUGUUAAGAAGACAUCCAAGAAUACAACUUAUAUGCUCGAUUUACCAGCUAAGGGAUUGACCAGAGAAGAUAUAAUGAAUAAGUUAGAUCAGAAUCUGAAUUUGGGUGACUUUGACUGGAAAGGAGGGUUAGUCUCCGGCGCUGUGUACUACUUCAAUCCAGAUUUAAUUGAUUUAAUAAGUAAAGUCUAUGGAAAAACAUCUUACACUAAUCCAUUGCAUCCUGACUUGUUUCCUGGACUCUGCAAAAUGGAGGCAGAAGUUGUAAGGAUGACGGCAAAUUUAUUUCACGGUGAUGAAAAUGUUUGUGGAUCAAUAACAAGUGGUGGAACAGAAUCUAUUUUAUUGGCAUGUAAGGCAUUCCGAGACUAUGGUAGAGAAGUUAAAGCUAUUAAAAAACCUGAAAUAGUUGUUCCUACUACCGUACAUUCAGCUUUUGAUAAAGCUGCACAAUUCUUGGGACUCAAGGUUAGAUCAAUACCAGUUGAUACUCAGACUUACCAAGUUGAUAUCAAAGCGUUCAAAAGAGCGAUUAAUUCCAAUACAGUGCUGCUGGUUGGAUCAGCCCCUAAUUUUCCUUACGGAACCAUGGAUGAUAUAUCAGCUAUUUCCGAACUAGGAUUGAAAUAUAAUGUACCUGUUCAUGUUGACUCUUGUUUAGGGGGAUUUUUGACAUGUUUCAUGGAGGAUGCUGGAUAUCCAAUUCCCUUAUGUGAUUUUAGGUUACCAGGUGUGAGCAGUAUAUCUGCUGAUACACAUAAAUAUGGAUUCACACCUAAAGGCUCUUCUGUGAUACUUUACAGAAAUAAAAAAUUUCGCCAUCAUCAGUAUACAAUCACAACUGAUUGGCCUGGUGGUGUAUAUGGUUCACCAAGUGUUGGCGGCUCUAGACCAGGAGGAAGCAUCGCAGUUUGUUGGGCAGCCCUUUUGAAUUUUGGUAAAGAGGGGUACAUCCAAGCCACCAGAGACAUUAUUCAUACAACAAAAUACAUCGAAAAGGGUUUGAGAAGAAUGAAAGGGAUUUUCAUCUUUGGUCAACCAGCUACAAGCGUAGUAGCAGUAGGUUCGAAAGAUUUUGAAAUUUAUAGGCUAACAACAGCACUAAAAGAGAAAGGAUGGAAUUUAAAUAUUUUGCAAUUUCCAUCUGGUCUCCACAUAUGUAUUACUCACAUGCACACUCAACCAGGGGUAGCAGAUAAAUUUUUAGAGGAUGUGAAAAGUUCCCUGAUAGAGCUCAUGAAAACUCCCUCACAACCUGUGGAGGGCAAGGUAAUAAAUAAUUUAGUUUAUAAAUUGAAACAAAACUAA